UGCAAAUUUUACUCAUUCCAACAAUCUAAAUAAUUGUAUUCCCAUUUCAUUAAUCAUGCCCAAAAAGUCAGCUUAAUUUGGUUAUGGAUGAUCCUUGCACAACAUAUCAGAAUCCAAACAGUAGAAAUUCUUCUAAAUACUUUUUGCAUCAAUAAUACUUACAACUGGAAUCAAUCAAAGACAAGCAUGCCGCUUUCCAAGAGUGAGAUGGUCGAUUCUUGUUUGGAUAGUAUUAAGAACAUCUGUGGGCUGCUAGACAGAAUCGAAACAUGGGGUCUGGACGAUCCAAGUUACUCAUCAAAAGCAGAUCACGCACUGGUGAUCUGGAUUCAACUCUUUGCUCAAAGCAUGAUCGCCUUUUUAAAAGCUCUUUUGUCUUACACUUCCGGUUGGAGGCGUCAUGACACAGCUCGAUAUCUGGCAUCCUUGCUAGCUGACAUUGAGGAUGCACUGAGGUAUAAAGAGGCAAAACUUGAGGCCGAUUGCGCAUCAGGGGAAACAUGGUGUUGGUCUACAAAAAGUGACAGGAUCCAGAAAAUACGCAAGUUCAUUUGUAGCAUCAGUGAGGAAGUCGGGGAUGCAAGUGAUGCCCUGGCGAAAGCAGAUCACCGUCCCAUGAAACAUCCUUUUGCUUUUGAUGAGUUUGUUGCCUCUGUUCAAGCAUAUUUGGAGUCACUUCCCGCUCAACUGAAUGCCUACGUCUGCCCUGGGCUUAGGCUUAAUGUCAUACAGUAUAACCGUGAACCUUAUCUCAGGGAAUCUGCACCCUAUCAAGUCUGGCCCUCUUCAAAAGUGAAUGAAACUGUCGCUGUCGUGGUAAGAAACUUAGAAAUCCUAAGACAUUUAAUUGCCUGUUUUGCAAGAUGCUGCUUUGAUGACAGGGAAAAGUUGUAUCCUGUCCUGAAUCGUGCUGGAGCUUUGGUUUUCAGCAUAGCACAUUUGUCUUGGGCAUCUGUACAGGAUCGAGAUGCCGAUUUAUUUAUAAAUUCCCUGUUUUCUACUCUUUCUGAUCUCUCAGAUAAGAUUUCAAAUCAUAAUCUAGAGGUUAAUGAGAUCUACCUUAAAGUUCUAGAAGGACAUGAGGACCUCCUCAAGGCUGCAAAACCAUCCCCGGGAUCAAUCGGCUCUCCAAUGGUUGAUAAAGAUAUGACCAACUGUUUCCUCAGUUUCAUAUUAUCUGCUAAUGAACGAGCCGAUCUCAUGUAUUCCAUCCUGAAAUUUCCAUUAAUAGAUAUCACAGAUACACCAGAAGAUUGCAGAGACCACCUGAUUGAACUGUCCUUGAAGCGUGGAAUUGCAGCUGUCAAGAAAGCUAUCUGUCUGGAUCAGUCAAUUUGGGAUGAUGAAAUGCCAAAUGGUCCGGUUACGGCAACAAAUUCUUGGUUGAAAAUGAAGCUCAUCAGGGCUGAAAUUUUUCUUCAGGCGCUAAACAAUCACAAGGCUGACUUGGUGCUCUCUGUUGGCAAUCAAAUUUCUGCUGUUGCUGCUGUUAGCAAGGCCUUGAGAUUACUUGCUAAAUUCUACAGAGCACCAGACAGUUUCCUGGAAGAUUCGAAGAGAUUGAUACUAUCACUUAUUGAAGACGCCAUCAGAGAGCCAGUAUCUAUUUAUUACUCAAACCAGACAGGAAGCACCAUAGAAGAUAUCAUAUCCGAAACAAGUGUUGCGGUUUUUGAGAUUUUCAAGGCUGAGGCUACCUUGAUGGUGCUAAUUGAUCAUGAAGCCAGCUUGGCAUUUCUUGCUAGUCAUCGAAUUGAAUCACUCCAUAAGGUAUUGAAUCUGUUAAGAGCAUUGCUCUCAAAUCUACUGAAGGUGAACCUGGAGGAUGGAAAUUUGUCAAUAUCUCUCAGAGCUCUGGCUAGUGAGGCUGCAUUUUUUGUUUGCUCUUUUGGUCACCAAAGAGCGGAAGAGAAUACAAACCUAAUAAUGAACCUUUUGCUUCCAUGUUUGCCAGAGAUGAAUGAGCUCAAUAUGGCAGAUACCACACAAUUAUAUCAGCCAAGUCCUUGGUCAUUGUUCUCAAAUUCCCCAAAGAGCAGCGGGUUUGGCUUUCUUGGUCUUCUCUUGGGAGAACUGAGGGGUAUUUUGAACAGAAAGCCAGACAUUAUUGCUGUCAUGCAAGACCAAGCCCAAGUGUUUAUGAAGGAACUACAGUUGGCAAUGUCUCAACUCCAAGAUGUUGCCGAGCAACUCGAUGACAACACUGAUCUCGGAAGACGUCUCAUGUGCCUCAUAUAUGAGGCAGAAUAUAUCAUUGAUCUGUCAGUAACUGGAGGAGUCCCUAUGUGGCAGCACCAGUUGGGUUUCCUGAACCUUGUUCUGGAGACAAGAUUUAUCAAGGCUCAAGUCUUAGAGUUGUAUGAAAAGAAGAAGGUGGAUUUUGCAGCCGCGAAUGUUGAAGUGGUUCUGCAGGAUAUGUCAGUGGAAGAUACCACCUCUCUGAAAAUUGAGGAGGUUGAUGAUCAGGCUCGAGGUAAAAUUAAACUUUCACCAAAAGAUGAUGAAGUCAUAGUAGGGGUUGAUGAUCAGGCUCAGAUUAUAAUCAAUCAACUUAAGAGUAGAAGACAGCAGCUAGAUAUUGUCUCAAUUGUUGGAAUGCCAGGAUUAGGCAAGACAACUCUAGCUAGAAAAGUGUAUGGUGAUGUUGCAGUUGGGUAUCACUUUGAGAUUCGAGGUUGGUGCUCCGUGUCACAAGUUUAUCGAAAAAGAGAGCUGAUACUUGAAAUUUUGGGUAGUUUUGUUGAGCUCACUGACAAAAUUAUGAAAAUGGAUGAUGGGGACUUAUCAACAACUUUGUAUCAAGCACUGAAGAAAAGAAGGUUCCUCAUUGUGAUGGAUGAUGUGUGGACGAUAGAGCCAUGGAACGACCUAAAAUGCAUACUUCCAGAUGAUGGAAAAGGUAGUAGAGUUUUGUUUACGACCCGCCUUAGUGAUGUGCCAUUGCAAGGGAACCCUACCAGGGAACCUCAUCAACUUCGCCUUCUCACUGAUGAUGAGAGUUGGAUGUUAUUGCUAGAUAGGGUGUUUCAAGGUGGAAGCUGUCCUGAGGAGCUGUUAAAAGUUGCUAGACAAAUCGCCACUGCAUGUAAGGGACUUCCACUUGCAAUUGUUGUUGUGGCUGGUCUUCUUAGGGGAAGAAUCGGGGGAAAAGGAUGUUGGAAUGAAAUUGCUGGAAGCUUAAGAUCUCACCUUCGUGAUGAUCCAAAUCCAAAUGAGCAAUUCAUGCACAUCCUAGAAAAGAGUUACAAUCACUUACCAUGUUACCUAAGACCUUGCUUUCUUUAUAUGGGAGCAUUUUUGGAGGACACAGAGAUUUCAGUCCAAAAACUGAAACUUUAUUGGAAAGCAGAAGGAUUUGUAUCAAAAGCUGAAUCCGAGAGCUUAGAAGAAACUGCAGAGAAGUACAUGGCGGAGUUAAUAGGACGAAGUUUGGUAAUGGAAACUAAGAGAAGAUCCAAGGGAGGAACCAAAGCAUGUCGAAUGCAUGACAUGGUACGUGAUCUCUGCCUUGAAAAAGCUAGGUCAGAAAAUUUCAUGCACCUAGUAGUAUCUGGAGAUGACAAGGAUGGUUCCAAAAAGUAUAGCCAUCUUUUCAAUGGCACACUUGUGCAAUAUCGGCUUUGUGUUCAUUCGAUAAAAGAGGCAUUUGUGGGUUCAUUACCUGUUGCUGCACAUGCUCAUUCUCUGCUGCUCCUUCCCAUUGAUAAUAGACAAGAUCUGGGAGGAUCCUAUGACUUCGCCUUCAUUGUGCACAAAUUUAAACUCCUUCGAAUGUUGGAUUUGGAGUCGAUCACUUUCCGUGGAACCAACUUCCCCACAGAGAUCGAGUUGAUGAUUCGACUUAGGUACCUAGCAAUCAGAGGGAAGAUGAGUGAGGUUCCUUCAUCAAUAGCCAAACUGUGGAAUUUGGAGACACUUAUUGUGAGGGGAACGCAUGGAGAAAUUGCAUUACCAGCUGCACUCUGGACCAUGGAAAGGUUGAGUCAGGUGCAAGUACUUUCUCGUGCAUCUUUCACUUUGCCAGGUAAUGAUGAAUCUACGGUGUCAGCAAAUCUGUCCGUACUUUCUUCAGCAGCUCUUCCUUAUGGAAAAGACACUGAAAAGCUGUUGAGAUUACUAGUUGGACUUAAGAAAUUGAGAUGCAUCUUCUUCGAAAAUUGGGAUAUCUCAAGGAAAUGCAAUCUGUUUCCUGGAAUGGACUUUAUGACACAACUUGAGUCACUUAAAAUCUUCUACUACGGUAGGAUUCUGUUUCCAUGUGAGUUCAACUUCCCCAUAAAUCUCAAGAAAUUGACUCUGUCCAAAUUUCGCCUACCAUGGGAAUAUAUCUCGGCUAUUAGGGAACUACCCAAUCUAGAGGUUCUCAAAUUACUAAGCAGGGCCUUCGAGGGGGAAACAUGGGACCUGGAAGAAGGAGAUGAGUUUCCUAACCUGAAAUUCUUUAUGCUAGACGGUUUGAACCUUACAACCUGGAGUGCCUUGAGCGAUAACUUUCCACAGCUUGAGCGACUGGUUUUGCGCAGCUGUAAGAAACUUGAGGAGAUCCCUUCCAGUUUCGGUGAGAUCAGCACUUUACAGAUGAUCGAGGUGCAUUGGUGCAGCGAAUCUUCUGCAAAAUCUGUGGGGACAAUACAUGACCAGCAGCUGGACUAUGGAAAUGCAGGCUUCAAAGUGAUGAUAAGUCCCCCACAUUGGGAUUUCAGAGCAUCUUCUAAGUGACUUGGUAUGUUUUCAUUGAAAAGUAGGACAAUUGUUAUGCCAUAUGUGCACUUCAUGUUUUCAUCGUUCCCAAACAACAGUCACUGUUUAAGUACUUUGUUUUUGGUACUGUUUAUGUAACUUUGAACCUUCGAGAACCCAAUGUUAUAGCAGAAAUGUCCCAGGUUGGUCUAUUUUGCGAACGAAAAAUGGUAGCACAAAUUAUUCAAGUUGUUGUUCUUGAAAAUAGUCAAUUAUUUUGACAAUGGGACAUAGGUCUGGGUGAAACUGGGCUACAGAAGGUUCUCUUUUAUAGACUGUUAAUUGCUAUAUCGCAAAUGAG